AUGCGCUGCUACCUUUUCAGACGAAAGACUGACGCUUCUUGUUCGCCUCCCCUCCAUACCCAGCCAGGAUUCACCUCGAACACACACAGAAUCAGAGAGGAGACGUCGACGAAGGAGAAGAUUGUAAUGUCUUCGACGGCUGCAUUAGAAAUAAAUCAAGUAUCAUCAAUGGAGAAUACUGGUUUCUGCUCGCUCUUCUCUUCCUCUUCGGUUCGACGUCGCGUCAUUAUCUUACAGCAUUCAUACUCGUAA